UACUGCUACAUGACCACAUCAAUCAAGGACGUGUGUUCUGUGAAAACUUCGCCACCCAGAAAUUAUCGUGAGUGUCGGGGCGUCUCAGGGCCGAGCGGGAGGAAGAGCGAGGGCCACACUGCAGUAUAUAUUGAGGGAAGCCGGGAGGCAAGGCACAGUUCGGCUCUCCUCCCGUUCAGCGACAUGAAGACUCUGGUUGUUUUGGCAGUGAUGGUGGCGACCACCGCCCAUCAGGCCUACGGCAUCCCUGUACCCGGCAUUCUCUCCCACGGCACCCACGCCUACGGUUAUGGGCAGGCGCCCUACGUGGGUCCCCUGGCUUCCAGUGUUCCCGCCGGCAUCGGCGGCAAGGUCAUCCCUGUCUCGGACACCUACGAGGUGGCGGCCGCCCGUGACCAGUUCUUCAGAGCCUACCAGGACCAGCUAAACACCAUCUACGCCAUCCGUGCCAACCGCCCCGCCUACCACAACACCUAUGGCUAUGGACACGGACACCACGCUCCCGUCGUGCACACUUCCCACGCCGUGCACGCCCCUGUCGUGCACACUUCCCACGCCGUGCGCACCCCUGUCGUACACACUUCCCAUGCCGUGCACGCCCCCGUCGUGCACACUUCCCACGCUGUGCACGCCUCCCCCGCCGUGCACCACAAUUACAUCAAAGGCCUCCUUUCAGCAAUGGGACUGCACAAGUACAAUCCAGAUGAGAGGCGUUUAUUUAUUGACAGCUCCAAACGAAGUUUCAAGCGGAGGAGGAGUGAGAGGCGUGGUCAGGACGACGAGGCGUCAAUACUGCUACAUGACCACAUCAAUCAAGGACGUGCUUCUGUGAAAACUUCGCCACCCAGAAAUUAUCGUGAGUGUCGCGGCGUCUCAGGGCCGAGCGGGAGGAAGAGCGAGGGCCACACUGCAGUAUAUAUUGAGGGAAGCCGGGAGGCAAGGCACAGUUCGGCUCUACUCCCGUUCAGCGACAUGAAGACUCUGGUUGUUUUGGCAGUGAUGGUGGCGACCACCGCCCAUCAGGCCUACGGCAUCCCUGUACCUGGCAUUCCCUCCCACGGCACUCACGCUUACGGUUAUGGGCAGGCGCCCUAUGUGGGUCCCCUGGCUUCCAGUGUUCCCGCCGGCAUCGGCGGCAAGGUCAUCCCUGUCUCAGACACCUACGAGGUGGCGGCCGCCCGUGACCAGUUCUUCAGAGCCUACCAGGACCAGCUGAACACCAUCUACGCCAUCCGUGCCAACCGCCCCGCCUACCACAACACCUAUGGCUAUGAACACGGACACCAUGCUCCCGUCGUGCACACUUCCCACGCCGUGCACGCUCCUGUCGUGCACACUUCCCACGCCGUGCGCACCCCUGUCGUACACACUUCCCAUGCCGUGCACGCCCCCGUCGUGCACACUUCCCACGCUGUGCACGCCUCCCCCGCCGUGCACCACAAUUGGUGGCGCUGCGUCUCUGCCAUUCCACAAGUAUUCUCCCGUGAAGCCCUGCUCACCACUCGCUUUGGGGGACCUGAGCCAGUCUCCUGGCAGCCCUGUCUAGCUAGCUUGAGUCCAGACCAGCCUUUGGAUGAACCACCAUAUUACUCAGGCUUGCUGGUAGUUCUGCAGCCACCCCUUCCCUGCUUCAAUCCUGGUCACCGCUGGAUACCGCUCUACUUCCUCCACCCCUACUACCUGCUCCAUUCCUCGUCCUCUCCUUGGGAUCCAGUACCCGUGUGCUGCAAGGGACGGCCGUGUGUAAAGUGGAUGGGCGUGGUAUUGGCGCUAGAGCAGCUACCUCUGUGUGGAGUUUUCUCCUCUGACGUAUUCUAUCAAGAUGAACUGACAUCCUACUUCACUCGUUUUGAACGCAUUGCUGCCCUGCUCAACAUUCCUCAGGACAACUACGCCAUUCGACUGGGUGGUCUUCUCUCUGAUAUAAGGACGUGCAGACCUUGGACGACGCUGUCAAACGUGCAGAUAUUUGGGCAGCUGCCCAUCAUGCUUACCCGAAACACGCCCCAGCUGGACACAAGAAGCCGACCUACAUCUCCAACUAAGCUUCUUGCCGAUCUCCUCCACCGGCCAGGAGGUCUUCCACACCCUGAUCCUACUACUCUUCUCUACUUUUCUUCUGGCACCAUCAAUGGAGCGAGAGUAUCUACCAUCAUACGUGACACUGGCUGUUCCUGUGUCAUUGUAUCUGAGGAAGUCUUACCCGAUGUAGACGUAUCUGAGGAAGCCUUACCCGAUGUAGACGUCUCCCAGUGUCCUGUUCGUGCUCCAAUCAAGUUCUCAUUCAAGUUCUGUAGUGUUCUGGUUGGUAAUGUGGAAGGAGUGAGCACACCAGACGAGAACGUGAAAAAGCAACCAAGAACAAGUGCGGAAAGACGUUGGUCAUCCCUGCAGUGUCGUCGCCUGGUGCUGUCUCUUACCCAUGAGAGUCCAAUGUCAGGACACCUCUCCCACAAGACUAGAGGACUAACCGGAGUAUCGUUCUACUUUGAUAAUAUUUUCAUCUAUGGAACAACCUGGACAGAACACAUCGCUGCCCUCAAGUCCGUACUUUGGCAUCUUCGAGAACACGGCCUCACUGCUCGAGUAUCGGAGUGUCGAUUCGGGUUCGGAUCCAUCCAGUAUCUGGGCUUCAUUGUGGACGAAGUAUUCUCCCGUGAAGCCCUGCUCACCGCUCGCUUUGGGGGACCUGAGCCAGUCUCCUGGCAGCCGUGUCUAGCCAGCCUGAGUCCAGACCAGCCUUUGGAAGGUGGUUCUGCAUCCACCCCCCUGCUUCAAUCCUGGUCACCGCUGGAUACCGCUCUACCUACUCUCCAUUCCUCGUCCUCUCCUUGGGAUCCUGUACCCGUGUGCUGCCAGGGACGGCCGUGUGUAAAGUGGAUGGGCGUGGUAUCAGCGCUAGAGCAGCUACCUCUAAAACUUCGCCACCCAGAAAUUACCCGAGUGUCGCGGCGUCUCAGGGCCGAGAAGAGGAAGAGCGAGGGCCACACUGCAGUAUAUAUUGAGGGAAGCCGGGAGGCAAGGCACAGUUCGGCUCUCCUCCCGUUCAGCGACAUGAAGACUCUGGUUGUUUUGGCAGUGAUGGUGGCGACCACCGCCCAUCAGGCCUACGGCAUCCCUGUACCCGGCAUUCCCUCCCACGGCACUCACGCUUACGGUUAUGGGCAGGCCCCCUAUGUGGGUCCCCUAGCUUCCAGUGUUCCCGCCGGCAUCGGCGGCAAGGUCAUCCCUGUCUCGGACACCUACGAGGUGGCGGCCGCCCGUGACCAGUUCUUCAGAGCCUACCAGGACCAGCUGAACACCAUCUACGCCAUCCGUGCCAGCCGCCCCGCCUACCACGACUCCCACGGACACGGACACCACGGAUCUGCUGGCGCCGUGCACGUGUCCCACGGAACACACUCCUCUUACGGCACCCCAGCUGUGCACGCUCCUGUCGUACACGCCCCCGCUGUGCAUACUUCUCACAUCGUACACUCUGCUCCUGCAGUGCACACUUCUCACACCGUGCACUCUUCUCCUGCAGUGCACACUUCACACGCCGUGCACUCCGGCAAAGCUGUGCACACUUCCCACGCCGUGCACGCUCCCGUUGUGCACGCUGCCCACGCCGUACAUGCCCCUGCAGUGCACACUUCCCAUGCCGUGCAUGCCGCCCCCGUAGUGCACCACAAAUAUUAAAACCAAUCCAUCAACAACAUGUCGAAAGUAGCGGUUUCUAGACUGAGUUCUUCUCGACAAUGAAAUUGACGUUCUUUCUUCGCUGCCAGAACACCAUAACGUCUCCGCCAGCACACCCGACCUUGUCAAAUAUGUGUAUGUACAUGUCAAUAAAAAUGCUAAGGAACUUAA